GUUGCUUUACAAUCUUAUUGACUACUCCCUAGAAGUGUUUAUAUCGCAGUCAUGCCGGAGAAGAUGUGGAAUACCCAGUAUAUGGAAGAUUUCAACAAAAAACGGACAAGAAGCAAAACGAAGAGUACGCCAACAGAAGCCUGGCGAUACAGCAAUCCUCAACCCAAAAAGGACUUUUUGGACUCAAGAAGACCAAAAACAGCAGGAACAAACUCUUGGUAUAUAAAAAAAGCACAGAAGAAUUUAGAGGAACGGUCACGUGCCAGCGACGUAGCUAGUCCAUUCAUCGACAGCUUCAGUAAUAUGUUAAACGAUGAAAAUGGUCCUUACCAGGGGACUUUUAUGGAAAAUUAUAUCAGUCCCUACCCUACUCCUUGCCCCAGUCGCCUACACACACCGGCCCCACCCACAGACCUACAAAUAUCGGGGGAGAAGAUCCUACUGAACAAUAAAGAAAUCUCGAAACAAUAUUUGUUAGAGCUAUACGAGCAAGCCAUGGCUAAAAAAGAAGAGGAAGAGGAAAAAGAAGAAGAAAAGACAGAAGAGAAGAAAGAAGAAGAAGUUGACAGAGGGCCAGUUGUCGAGCAGAGACCUAAGACUCCAGCACAGGAACUUCAUUGGAUUUGCUGGCCUGAACCAGAGCGACAAAAAGACAUACCCAAGAGACCUAAUACAGUUUUAGGCGUCCACAAUUCCGACGUAAAGGGUGUGGACACAGACUGCAUUGACCCUUGUCACCAACGGGAAUCCGCACGAGGAGCGCCUUUAACGUUUGUACCAGAACUUCAUUCGUGGGUGAACGCCACCACAGACUACGACAGAGAAACAGCUGCUAGAAUAAUGGCAAUGUACGGAUCCCUCGCCCCUCCCCUUCCCCCGGAAGCCUUGAGACCCCAGAGACAAGCCACAUUCACAUUCGGAAGUACUCGCAAGAACCAGUACAGAACAGUUCCCGACCCCCGGGGAUUUUAUGCACAGUCUUGGAUGCCAUUGUACGAAGACAUGAAUGCAUCAAACGAUAGAAGAGUCAGAGAAAUGGACAAACGACUGUCAGCAAGCGACACCUUACCACAAUUACCAAUGUUACAGCGUAGUAAUACAUGUACAGACAUGCGCCCAAUGCAGAGACGUAUCAUACGUUACCCCAAGUCUGAGGAGUAUGUACAUGAACAUAGUAUGUUUAUGACAACACAGCCAUUGAUACGUGGUCACUUUAUCAUUCAUCCAGACUGGGUGUCAGAACGACUCACAAAAAAGAGGAUGAAUUUAGCCAACAGAAAAGUUAGAAACGGUCUUAGAUACGGGACCUCGGAGGAGUACUAAAUCAAGCUAGCCUUUUAUCACAGUUAUAUUUAUUUAUUAUUGUUAGACUUUAACAAAUUUAACGAAUUUUUGCACUUAUACAAUCUGAUCAUGUUAAAGUUAUGACUGAAACUGCUGCUAAUGCAUUAGUCGUUUUUUUGGAUCAACCUACCAACAUACUGAGUGUGUCUAUGUUGCUGUGGCGUCUUCAACCCCAUUUUCCGACAUUCCUUUCGAAAUCUAAGGAGAAGAUGUCUAUCUCCUUGGUGACAGUGUCGUUAUUCGGAUUUUCUCCGCAUCUGUCUGAGGUGCUGACGUUAUAUAAUUGUUAUAUAUCUAGUCUCCUUGUGUGUGUUUUGUUGAGUGAAUAGAAAUACUCGCUUUUCUUGUGUUACAUACACUGUGAUAUUUAUCAUGUAAGGUGCACCUCUUUAUUCCUUUUUAUUUUAAAGAUUCAAUGCACAACCAUUAAAACAAAGAAAUGCAAGGAAACUUGUUCUACACAGAUUAUACAUACAUACAUACAUACAUACAUAUAUGUAUGUAUGUAUGUAUAUAUAUAUAUAGUCACACAAACGUUUUUAAAUUGUUUUUUUUUAAUUAUUAUUUUAUUUUGCUAUCAUGUUUUAUAUCACUCCACUGGUGUUAGAAGCUUUCGGUUUGAUCAUGUGAUUAGUCGAUUAUCACGUGACUCUUUUACCUAUAUCAGUAUUACUUUUGUAAAUUAGGUUUGUGUCGCAGUAGAUGUCACUUUAGUUGUAUUUUGAUAUUUUCCAAAAUACAAAGAUAAAUAAAUGAAAUACGAAUAUAUUUAUCAAUAAAAUUGUUAUUGUU